CCCUGUCCACACUGCUGGGUUCCUCCAGUUGGUGAGGAACGUGGAUCCGGAUCGUCCGCUGCAGGCAGCUCUCCAGGCCUCCAUAGUGUUCCCUGGGGGAAGACUCCACCUUUGGAGGUUGCUGACAAGGCUCCCGCCUCUCGACUUCGUCCCCAAACCGGUUCAGCUUUCUCCUGAAAGGCGUGCCAGACUGCUUCAGGCUCGGCGGCUGAGUGAUCCAGAGGCUGCAUCUGGAAGCUAAAAGUAAAGGCACCACCGAGGAGCAGGGGAGGAAGAGAAGCUCGUGGGUGGCGGGUGACCCGACCUGGUCCAGAGCCGGGACAGCAGGAAGGGUCUGGGGUGUGGAAUUCUGAUCAGGCUAGGGUCAGGGGACGCCAAAGAGGCGCUGCCUCCCUCCUGUGAGCCGCGGUUUCGAGGGUCCUCAGCCAGCGCAGAACCACGCGUGCCCGAAGCCCACUCGGAUUCUGGGCGCCGGCAUCUGGGCUGCGCCCUCACUUUCGCGCUCGGUGGAUGCGCUGCUUCGGGCCGAGCUCGGAACACCGCGCCUUGCCGAUUUCCUGAGUUGCUCCUCCAGCGUCGGGGUGCACAAUUCUGUCCGGGGAUCCAGCCCCUCAUCUGCGCGUGGCCGAGCCCUGGGUGGCGGCGACUGUGUUUGGGGCUGUACAGCGAGAUCCCGGGCGGGUGGGGGACCAGGGCUGCGCGCAACCUUGGUUCCACCCGGAGAGAACAAGGAACGCGGGGCGUGGUCAGGCCCGCCCAGAGGCUCAGCGCCUUCCCCGGGCCGUGGCGAAGUUGAGCAAAAAGUUUGAGGCUGGAGGGGAGCGAUCCCUUGGAGUCGGUGUGAGACCAGUGCUUCAGUUGUCCCUCCGUCGCGGAGCUGAGCCCGAGAAGAGCUGCUUUCCGUCCCUGGCCGCUAGAGGGACAGACUGGGUAGGGACCUCCACCCCCACCCCACCGCGCGCGCCCUCCGGUAGUUGGCGGCGCCUUCGUGGGUCUGUGAGGGAGACGGACCCACGCCUGUGCCUCGGCGCGAACUCGCGCUCUGGCAGGGCAGACGGCAGCUGAGGGUUCAUCAGCACGGGCAGGUUUGGCGGGACUUUGGGCGCUGUUCUCACCAGCGCGGCUUGCACCAGCCCUCCCCCACCCCGCCCUCCUGGAGACUGGGAGACCCAGCGGCUUCGGAGCUCAGGCAGGGGACAGGGCGACCCGGCAGGUUGCGACGCGGUUCUUCGUCCCAGAGUAUGCGCCUCGCAAUACCGGUUCUGGGAAUUUUAUGCAACUGGACUCUCCACCAACCUCAAAGGAUCUGGCCGCCUCCGGGAAUGAUGAGGGCGCUCUCACAGCCCAGGGAGGUGGAGAGGGCGAGCCCCACGGCCAGUCGCCAGACACCCGCCUGGGCAACACCGAUAAGGAGCUGCACACGGGAGCCGCCGUUACCUCUAGCAGCGCCGGGGCAGCACCCGUGGCUCCUUGUCAGCGGGAGCCCCGGGACCUGGCUAUGCAACCAGCAGACUGUCCCCGGGGACUGCUCCCACGGCCAUGCAGAGUGUUGGUGCUGCUGAACCCCCGGGGUGGCAAGGGCAAGGCUCUGAAGCUCUUUCAGAGCCGUGUGCGGCCCCUUCUGGAGGAGGCUGAGGUAUCCUUUAAACUGAUGCUCACCGAACGGCAGAACCAUGCCAGGGAGCUGGUGUGUGCAGAAGAACUGGGUCACUGGGACGCCUUGGCGGUCAUGUCCGGUGACGGUCUGAUGCACGAGGUGGUGAAUGGGCUAAUGGAACGACCUGACUGGGAGAGUGCCAUCCAGAAACCCCUAUGUAGCCUCCCCGGAGGCUCUGGCAAUGCGCUGGCAGCUUCUUUGAACUACUAUGCUGGGCACGAGCAGGUCACUAAUGAAGAUCUCCUGAUCAACUGCACACUGCUGUUAUGCUGCCGGCAGCUGUCACCCAUGAAUCUGCUGUCCCUGCACACCGCUUCCGGACGGCAACUCUAUUCUGUUCUCAGUCUGUCCUGGGGUUUCGUUGCUGACGUGGACUUGGAGAGUGAGAAAUACAGGAGCUUGGGGGAGAUUCGUUUCACGGUGGGAACCUUUUUUCGCCUAGCGAGCCUGCGCAUUUACCAAGGCCAGCUGGCCUACCUUCCUGUAGGGAAGGCUGCCUCUAAGAUACCUGCUUCCUCACUGGCGCAGAAGGGCCCUGCCAACACAUACCUUGUUCCUCUGGAGGAGCCAGUGCCACCUCAUUGGACUGUGGUGCCAGAGCAGGACUUCGUUCUGGUGCUGGUGCUGCUUCACACCCACCUGAGCACAGAGAUGUUUGCAGCACCCAUGGGCCGCUGUGAGGCUGGUGUUAUGCAUCUGUUCUAUGUACGUGCGGGGGUGUCCAGGGCCAUGCUGCUGCGCCUCUUCCUGGCCAUGCAGAAGGGCAAGCACAUGGACCUCGACUGCCCGUACUUGGUUCAUGUGCCAGUGGUUGCCUUCCGCCUGGAACCCAGGAACCAGAGGGGAGUGUUUUCUGUGGACGGGGAGCUGAUGGUGUGUGAAGCUGUGCAGGGCCAAGUGCACCCAAACUACCUUUGGAUGGUCUGUGGUGGCAGUGACUCCCCGUCCGGCUGGGACUCCCAGCGGAGGCCACCUCCAGAAGAACCAAUAUGACUCUGUGCCUUUGUCUACUAUGUCUACACUGAGAUGGGAUCCUCCCUCUCAUCCAUCUCCUGGUAUGGGAGGUUAUUUCUAAAGCUCAUAUGGAGGUGGUGGGGACCCCUGUAGAGAAAGCUGGAAGGUGGGGCUAUGUUUUGGAAAGAAAGACUCUACCCUCUAGUUAGAAUGAGACUGGGGUCAGAGUCCCACUGGCUGGGCCAGUUGCAUACAGAAGUUCUCCCCAUUGCUCUUGGAGCCCUGUCCUGAGAACCACAUUCAAAUAAAGGGACUUUUCCAAGCUGU